UCGACGCCAAGUGCAGCAGCCGAGAGGUGCGAGCCGCUGCCGCCGGAUCAGAGCGAAGGGGAAGUGGAGCCGCGCAGAUCCACAGCCUUACCCAGACGUUCAGAGCCACAGGCACCAUGUCGGAUCCUGGUGAUGACCGACCUGUUCUGCACAGGAGCAAAGUGUGCCGGCGUCUCUUCGGUCCCGUGGACAGCGAGCAGUUGCGUCGAGAUUGCGAUGCGCUCAUGGAGGGCUGUCUCCGGGAGGCCCGGGAACGGUGGAACUUUGACUUCGUCACUGAGACGCCUCUGGAGGGCAACUUCGUCUGGGAGCGUGUUCAGAGCCUCGGGCUGCCCAAGAUCUACCUGAGCCCUGGGUCCCGCAACCGUGAUGACCUGGGAGGGGACAAGAGGCCCAGUACCUCCUCUACCCUGCUGCAGGGGCCAGCUCCGGAGGACCACGUGGCCUUGUCGCUGUCUUGCACUCUGGUGUCUCACGCCCCUGAGCGGCCUGAAGACUCCCCUGGUGGGCCAGGAACAUCUCAGGGCCGCAAAAGGAGGCAGACCAGCCUGACAGAUUUCUAUCACUCCAAGCGCAGAUUGGUCUUCUGCAAGAGAAAGCCCUGAAGUGCCCACAGGGGUGCCCACAGGAGCCUCGCCCUCGUCUGAUGUGGAUCAGGAGGCCUCUUGCCCAUCUUCUGCCUUAGCCCUCACUCUGUGUGUCUUAAUUAUUAUUUGUGUUUUAAUUUAAACAUCUCCUGUAUAUAUAUACUCUACCUGCCCUCUCCCAGUCUCCAAACUUAGAGUUAUUUAAAAAAAACUAAAAAAAAACAGACAAACAAGCCUGAAUUAGUAGGACGGUAGGCCCCUUAGUGUGGGGGAUUUUUAUUAUGUAGAUUAUUAUUUAAGCCCUUCUCAACCCAAGCUCUGUGUUUCCUAUCCUGGAGGGAAGGUCGCACUGGCUUCAUCCCAUCUAUACCUGUCUCGCCCAACCCUCUCCCCAACUCCCUGCCUGCUUCCUUGCCACUUCUUACCUGGGGGUGAUCCUCAGACCCUACAAGCACUUUGACCAACUGAGUAGGACUUUGGGGGGUCUCCUUGUCACCUCUAAGGCCAGCUAGGAUGACAGUGUAGCAGUCACAGCCUAGAACAAGGAUGCCCGGUUAGGACCCAACCUUAACUAUCCCAACCCUUGACAUUUGCUCAACCCUGUAAAGACGGGAAUGGUCCCCACUCUGGGUCCCCUUUGCCGCUCCUGGGGAGCCCACCUCCCCAGUGAGUCUCUGCCAGCUGCCCCUCUAUUUUUGAGGGUUAACCUGGUGAUCUGCUGCUCUUCCCUCUCCACAUCCUUCCCCUCCCCGGAUCAGCAAGAGGCAUCUCUAGGCACUUGCCCCAUAGCUCAGUGGACCGGAAGGGAAUGGCUAUACAGGGUACACUGAGUGGGGUUCUCUGGUCCUACCUCAGGCAGCUCCAGUGGCAACCGCCCUCCUUGUGGGUCCUUGGUGGUGAGACAGGCCUCCCAGAGAGAAUCCCUGGGGGUGUGGUGUGUGGUGAGAGGGCGUGGGCUUAUCUGGGAUGGGGACCCCAGGCGCUGAAGUCCUCAGUGACUUCUUCCAUUUCUUAGUAGCAAUUGUACAAGGAGCCAGGCUUAGAUGAUGCCUCUGGGGCUAAGGAAGUCCACCGGACACUCAGCCGUGGCCGAUCCUUUCCCAGUGUCGAAUAACUUGUGGGUGUUGAAGCACUUAGUGGGUCUGACCCCAACCCCAAACACCCCUGUUUCAGGACCUGGACUGUUUAUCCGUAGCCCCCCCAUCCCUGUUUUCAUUCAGAUUGUAAAUCUCCCGUGUGCAGGGACCAUGCCCUGCACUGCCCUGAAUCCUCACACCCUACCCCAAAGCUGGUGCUCAAUAAAUCCUUCUAGAUGA